GAGCAACACUCACAACGUCGACCGAUCCGAUAGCCUGGGUACGUCAUCGUCGCCGAACAUGUCAGCCCACGUCUGCCGAUCGCCAAGUACUUGGAGGAAGCCGAGAGGAAUUCCAAUGGAGGCUAAGCGCAACGCUAGACCAGAACCGCGCGGACACCAGGUAUCCGCUCUGCUACCUCUCGCACAUCCUCACAUAAACAUCUGUACGGUACUUCAUAUUCAUCCACUCCCUGAUCUACACGGAGAUGGACACGUAGGAAGGGUUCUUCGACGGCUGGCCGCCUCUGGAGUGCUGUCGGCCAUGAUUGUACCUUGACUGCGCUUCAGCCGCAGGAUGGUCACGUUGACGUACCGCACUGUCCUCGCCUGCGAACGCUCCAAACCAAUUUUACCAGGAGACGGUCAUACUAGUAGCAGAGUUUUCGCGUGGUCAUGGUCCUGCACUUCAACUGCGUGUAGGUGCGACCGGAGUCGGGGCGCGAGCGGAGAAGGUGG